GCUGCUAAGAUCCCUUUGAGCAGUGAGCUGGGCAUCGAAGAGUUCCACUUCAACGAUUUCUCAUUGGACAACGACGCCAUGAUCACUGCCUCCCUCCGGAUGUUUCUGGAACUCGGAGCCGUCCAGAAGUUUAAGAUUGACUACGACGUCCUGUGUCGCUGGCUGUUGACGGUGAGGAAGAACUAUCGCACGGUGGCAUACCAUAACUGGAGGCAUGCCUUCAACGUGUGCCAGUGCAUGUUCCUCAUGAUCACAACGGCUGGUUUCCAGGAUGUUCUGUCGGAUGCAGAGACCCUGGCGUUGAUGGUGGGUUGUCUCUGCCAUGACUUAGACCACCGUGGCACCAACAACGCCUUCCAGGCCAAGACUGGCUCUGCUCUGGCCCUGCUCUACGGGACAUCAGCUACUCUGGAGCACCAUCACUUCAACCAUGCAGUCAUGAUCCUACAGAGUGAGGGUCAUAAUAUCUUUGCCAACCUGUGUUCCAAAGAGUACAGUAGUAUGAUGCAGCUACUGAAACAGGCCAUCCUCUCCACUGACCUCACCCUGCACUUCCAGAGGAGGAGCCAGUUCUGUGACUUUGUCUGUGCUCCUAAACAGGAGGAGGAGCCAGUUCUGUGA